UGUGUGUGUGUGUGUGUGUGUGUGUGUGUGUGUGAGAGGACAGUUGUCGGGCAGCAGGUGUUGGUUGUUGGUGAUUUAUUUAGAAACGACUGAAGCUCCCAGUCAGCUGUGAAUGCACCACGAGGCAGAGACCAGAAUCCAGAGUGGGACACCACAGACCUGAAGAGUACUGGUCAGACCUGAACGGAGACCUGGAAGGUCCUGGAGCGUCGUGGACGGAGACCCUCCAGGCUGAUUUCCCUGAGGACGAAGUGAGGACUGAUUCUGAAUCUCAGGUUGUCUGAUGGGUCCUGAAGAAGAAGAAGAAGGUCUCCGGUAACAGAGCAGAGUUGUGGUGAUCUCUGUGAGCCCGUCCUGGGUUCAGUCUGCCGAUGGAGCCUCGGUCUGCCGUCACACAGCACACAGCGUUACCAUGGAAACACUGCAUCCACCUGACUCUGCUGCUGGUCCAGCUGAGUUUACCUGAAGUCGGAGCUUCCUGUCGUAUCCUGAGGUGUAAUUCUGACUUUGUGGCUGUGACGCUGGACCUGGGCAGCAGCAGUGGGGGUGGAGGAGUAGGUGGACCAGGAGGAGCAGCAGGUGGAGCAGCUCUCAGCAGGGAGGCGGUGAAUGCUGGUUACUGCAGCGCCCUGCGAUCCUACGCCAUGUGCACUAAGCGGAUGGCACGGGCGUGUCGCGGUGACCUGGCGUACCACUCUGCGGUUCAGGGCAUCGAGGACCUGCUCAUCCAGCACCGCUGCCCCCGGGUGGGGCCCACCGCCCAGCCCCGGCCCCUGCCUCAGGGCACGCUGUCCGAAGACACCUGCCUCUACGAGAGGAGCUUCCUCGCCAGAGAGGGACGCAGACCGGAUUACCUGCACUGCGGCGUGUUCGGAGACCCGCACGUUCGAACCUUCGACAACGACUUCCAGACGUGUGCCGUGCAGGGGGCGUGGCCUCUCAUAGACAACGAGUACCUGUACAUCCAGGCCACCAGCUCGCCAAUAAGGGGGGGGGCGCACGCCACAACGCUCACUAAGAUCACCAUCAUCUUUAAGAACUGGCGUCAGUGUAUUGAUCAGCAGCUGUACCAGGCGGAGCUCGAUAACGUUCCCGCUGCGUUCGUUGACGGCUCGGUGUCGAGUGGCGAGCGGCGAGGUCAUCACAGCCUGACGGUCAGGACUCAGAGUCCCGGCCGACACGCGGAGAUCCGAGCGGCUCACAUCGGCACGCUGCUGGUGGUGCGUCAGAGCGGACGCUCGCUCGGCCUGUCGGUCCGCUCGCCACGCAGCAUCGUGGAGGCCUUCGGCCCCGAGCAGGACCUGCAGCUGUGUGUUUGGGGCUGCCCCGCCUCCCAGAGACUCAACACACUCCGCCCACCGGCGCCGGACUCCUCGCCUUCCUCCGCCGUCAGCCCCUGGGCUCACUGCGCCGCGCUGCUUCCUGCCCGAGACGUCUACUAUCAGGCCUGUGUGUUCGACCUGAUCACCAGCGGAGACCUGAACUCCAGCACGGCCGCCGUCAGCGCGCUGCAGGACGCCCGAAACAUGAUCUCUGACAUGCAGAGAGUUCACCUGCUGCCUGCCGCCUCCGCCAAGCAACACAGAGCACGACUGGACCUGACGCUGCUGCUGCUCGGCAUGCUGGGAACUCUAACCAGAGCCUGAAGCGGCGGGAAGUCACUGCAGACCUCAGACCUGUGAUGAACUAGACGAUGGCAUCACACACACUGGAGGACAAACACACACCUGUGGUCAUGUGACUGCAGCAGAUCCAACAUGGCGUCCUGAUGUGAGAUUAUGUGGAUGAAACAGAGCCGGUCAGAGACUUUAAUCGCCCCGCCCACUCUGGUGUAACUGGGCCGGACUGAUCCUGGAUCUGGUGCUGCUGAAGCAUGCAGUUACCGAUGUUUAAAAACAGCAGCUGAAAUAAUAUCGACUCAUAAAAAUGUUUCUUUCAGAUACUUAAAGCAACAUUUUUGCAGCUCAGUUCUAUAAAUAAAUACAUUUAGCAACACUAGUGAACAAUGAUGUCAUCAGGAAGUCUCGCACAUGUAAACAGGAAGUCCUCGAGUGUUCAGGUGCAAAUCCACAAUUACAACACAGACUGCACCGGACGUCAAAAUGACCCAUAAUUUAUGACAGUAUAAAAGAAAGGAGUACAAAAUGUUAAAAGGUUGGUUUUCAUCCAAAUGAGCAGAAAUCAGACAACAUUUUUGAUGUAAAUAUAAUAUUCGAUUAUGUUGUAAAUAAAUGUCGAGAAGCUGUUUCUCUUCUGAAGGUAAAAGCUCCUCGCUGCUUCUGGAUCGCAGUGACUUGUUACACGCUGGUCGCUCUGUUGGUAUGUUCUUACUUAAAAAGCCUGCAGACACCUCGUUCAUCUUCAGCAUCGACCGUAAAGGCUAAGUUUCAUGGUGUGUUUCCACGAUGCUCCUGAUCGUGUGAUUAUUUAUCAAGGUCUCUGAGGGAAACUGCAGCGCUCACGUUUAACACGUGGAGAUAAUCCUCCUCCCAGCGAUGGUUUACGCUCCGGAGAGACUUCCCGGUGUGAAGAGACAGGAAACUGCAGGACAAACCGGAAACUUCACACGUAAGAUUUCAUUCAGAACCGAAUCUGAAACCUGUCGUCUCUGUUCUUACCAGAGGUGGAAGAACUACUCACAUCUUUUACUUAAGUAAAAGUAGGAAUACCACAGUGCAGUACAAAAGUACUAACAGCAAAGUGUACUUAAAGUAUUAAAGUAAUAGUACUUGUUGGGCAGAAUGGUCCCGUUAUUAUUAUUAUAAUUAUUAUUAGUAGUAUAUAUCAUAUUAUUAGAAUAUUAUUACUGAUGCUUUAACACGUAAGCAGCUUUUUAAUGUUACAGCUGGAGAAGAAUCAUAUUUUAUAAACUGAUCGUGUGUUUUGUUUGUAAAAUCUUAAAGUGUAAAGUAACUAAAGCUGUCAGACAAACGUAGUGAAGUAAAAAGUCCAGUACGAGCUGUGGCGGAGUGGAAGGAGAAAGUAGCAUCAAAUUUUAUCCUUCAGGACUCUGUGACCCGGUGUUUGGAAACUUUGAAUAAAAAUGUCAGUGCUGCUUAGAGCCGUCACAUAUUUGAUAUUUUGAUAUUUUACAAACGGUUCAGGCCUUUGACCAAAUCAGCAGAACUGAUGCAACUGAGAAAUCAGCUGGCACACCUGGUAUCGAUCUACCGGAUUAAUGUGAGGGACACGUGUUCAGCCUCUUAUGGUCAGUUUAAAACCCUUCUGGACCAAAAAGAACCAGAGGAACUAAACUAGGAACUAAAAGUCCCUUCUGCCGUUCCUGUCGGCCUUUCCACCGCAUCCGAAGAAGCGUGUACAUCAGACAAACUAGACCCAGGACGGGUAAAAAGCAACGGUGGUUUUUAAAACGGUUUUUGUACAUGAGAAAACAGCACCGAGUAAUUCUGUUCUUUGUAUCUGAGUUGUAUCUAAUGAAUGAAUGAAAAGGAGACUGACUGUUUACACAGCAAACACCCACUGAGGUAUUCUGGGUAUUUGUCCACCUGGGCUCAGGUGGGAUCAGACAUGUUUAAAACCACGUUUGAUUUUUAAAGAAUUGUUGCACAAGAAUAAAAUCAUUUACAGUAAAGAG